CCGGGCAGGGGGACAGAGCCCCGGGCAGGGGGACAGAGCCCCGGGCAGGGGGACAGAGCCGAGCCCCGGGCACAGGGAGCCGAGCUCGGGGCUCCGCCGCAGGCACUUGGAAAAUUAUCCAGCAGUUGAGUGCUGAGGAGGUGCUUUGGGAGCAUGGCCGGGGCAGGACUCCCAGUGCUGGCCUGGAGUGAAGGUUGUGAUGAGGGAAUCCCGGGGUGGGUUUUCUCCGUGGCUCUGUGAUCCCUCAGCCCUCCCUUCCCCGGUGUUUUCCCGGCUCCGGAGCCCGAUCCCAGCAGAGGAUGAGGAGGUUCAUUUACUGCAAGGUGGUUCUGGCCACGUCCCUGCUGUGGGUGCUGCUGGACGUGUUCCUGCUGCUCUACUUCAGCGAGUGCAACAAGUGCGAUGACAAGAAGGAGAGGUCCCUGCUGCCCGCCCUCAGGGCCGUUAUUUCCCGGAACCAGGAAGGGCCAGGAGAGAUGGGAAAGGCUGUGCUCAUUCCCAAGGACGAGCAGGAGAAGAUGAAGGAGCUGUUUAAGAUCAACCAGUUCAACCUGAUGGCCAGUGACCUGAUCGCCCUGAACCGCAGCCUGCCCGACGUGCGGCUGGACGGGUGCAAGACGAAGGUGUACCCCGAGGAGCUGCCCAACACCAGCGUGGUGAUCGUGUUCCACAACGAGGCGUGGAGCACCCUGCUGCGCACCGUGGCCAGCGUCAUCAACCGCUCGCCCCCGCGCCUGCUCCGCGAGAUCAUCCUGGUGGACGACGCCAGCGAGAGAGAGUUUCUGAAGGCCUCCUUAGAGAACUACGUGAAGACCCUGGAGGUGCCCGUGAGGAUCCUGCGGAUGGAGCAGCGCUCGGGGCUGAUCCGGGCGCGGCUCCGCGGGGCCGCCGCCUCCAAGGGCCAGGUGAUCACCUUCCUGGAUGCCCACUGUGAGUGCACCCUGGGCUGGCUGGAGCCUCUGCUGGCCAGGAUCAAGGAGGACAGGAAAACCGUGGUGUGUCCCAUCAUCGACGUGAUCAGCGACGACACCUUCGAGUACAUGGCAGGCUCUGACAUGACCUACGGGGGCUUCAACUGGAAACUCAACUUCCGCUGGUACCCAGUGCCCCAGAGGGAGAUGGACAGGAGGAAAGGGGACAGGACCCUCCCUGUCAGGACCCCUACUAUGGCUGGUGGCCUAUUUUCUAUUGACAGAAACUACUUUGAAGAGAUAGGAACUUACGAUGCAGGAAUGGAUAUCUGGGGUGGCGAGAAUCUUGAAAUGUCUUUUAGGGUCUGGCAGUGCGGGGGCUCCCUGGAGAUCGUCACCUGCUCCCACGUGGGCCACGUGUUCCGCAAGGCCACCCCCUACACCUUCCCGGGGGGCACCGGCCACGUCAUCAACAAGAACAACCGCAGGCUGGCCGAGGUCUGGAUGGACGACUUCAAGGACUUCUUCUACAUCAUCUCCCCGGGUGUGGUGAAGGUGGAUUAUGGAGAUGUGUCCGUCAGGAAGGCCCUGAGGGAAAGCCUCAAGUGCAAACCCUUCUCCUGGUACCUGGAGAACAUCUACCCCGACUCCCAGAUCCCGCGGCGCUACUACUCCCUGGGAGAGAUCAGGAACGUUGAAACCAACCAGUGUUUGGACAACAUGGGCCGCAAGGAAAACGAGAAAGUGGGAUUUUUCAACUGCCAUGGAAUGGGAGGAAAUCAGGUGUUUUCCUACACUGCCGACAAGGAGAUCCGCACGGACGACCUGUGCCUGGACGUGUCGCGGCUCAACGGGCCCGUCCUCAUGCUCAAGUGCCACCACAUGAGGGGCAACCAGCUCUGGGAGUACGACGCCGAGACCCACACCUUCCUGCACGUGAUCACCCAGUCGUGCCUGACCCUGAGCAGGAUCGAGGACGGCUCCCACGGCCCCACGGUGGAGGCCUGCAACGGGAGCCCCCUGCAGACCUGGAUCCUCAGGAACUACUCCCGCCUGGAAGUCUUUAGGAAGGUUUACUACAGCCCCACCGACUAUUUCCUGUAGCUCCCAGGGGGAGGUUGGUACAGCAGCAAAUACAGGACUCAGGGCUUGGAGCUGUUCCCAAAAAACUGCAUCUCUGUCUUGUUUUAGUGCUACACAAACCAAGACAGCAGAUUGUUCCAGAGUAGCAUAGAAUAGAUGUUUAAUGCUAGUUCUGCUUAGCCCUUAUUAGUUCUUAGUAGUUACCAUUAGUUAUUAGUAGUUUUAGUCUUAGUUAUUAUUAGUUAUAAAUAAUUUUAGAUGAAUUCAGGUGCCUGGGUCUCCUGCUGUCGAUGUGAUUGUUACUAUCUGCAAGAGCUGAAGAUUCAGCCCCUCUUCCAAGACAGAAAAAUAAGGCCAAUUGCAUCAUAGUUUUCAAAAACAUUCGUUUUUCACAUAGUUCAUAGAUUUUUAAUAGAAUUU